AUGGCAAGUGCAACCAGUGCUAACCUGAAUGCAGUCCGAGAGACCAUGGACGUGCUGCUAGAGAUCUCCAGGCUGCUUAACACUGGCUUAGACAUGGAAUCGCUGUCUAUCUGUGUGAGACUAUGUGAGCAGGGCAUUAACCCAGAAGCUCUGUCUUCAGUCAUUAAGGAGCUGAGGAAAGCUUCCGAAACCCUCAAGGCUCCUGAAAACUGCACAAAUUAA